AUGCGAUCGCAACGCCGCCCCGCCGAGACGCCGCCGCCGGGCGCCAUGACCGUCAGCUACCUCUCUGCCUCGUACUGGUGCGGCCUCUUCAUCAUGGCCAUUGGCGUCGUGCUUCCGCUCGUGUACAUGUUUCUGCAGAACAAGAAGGCCUUCAAGAGCGUCCGCCGCGACUAA